UGGGAUUACAAUCAAAUUAUUAAAAUGUUGUAAUUAACUCGCUCUUAACUGUCUUAAGCUCUUUCUACUUAUUCCAUUUUAGGUAACAUUGUCUUUUCCUUCCAUGUUAUCCCUUCUCCUUACAUUUCGAAGAAAAAGGUUUUAUCACUAUAAUAUUAUUUUCCUUAUUAUUCUCAUUUCUAUAACAAACAUAGGAUAUUUCCUAUCAUUUCCUUUUUAUUUCUUGCCCGUUAUUCCUACCAGCUUAUCUCAUAUAACAAACACCCCGAAAUCACGAGACACACAUAUGUCCUACGAUUUCUUCAUUGUAUCCAUACCUACCUUUGUGUCGAUACUUUGAAGUUUGGAGGGAAGCUGAUAUUUAUAUUUUUUCUUAUCCAGAUUUGAUUGGUUAUAUGUAGGCCAAAACAAAGGUAUACAAUAAUUUCAUGACCAAAGGCUCCUACUAGACCAUGUGCUGCCUUACCUGUUUCUGGAGCUAAGUCCUGAGAUCAGCACAACUUUCCAUAAUCUUAAUUCAUUUACAUCCAAACUAAACCCUUAAAAAAAAAAUACCCAAAAAAAAUUAAAAAAUAAAAAGAAAAUCAUACACAUUUUCCUGCUCCUUACAAUUUGAGCUUUUCCAGUUCUUUGACAGCCCAUAUUCAUUCAUCUGCUUUUUCCUCACUCAAAAAGCCUGCUAUACAUUUGCACAAACCUUUCUUUUUUCUUGAAUUUUUCUGGGUUUUUUUGGAGGAAAAUACAAUUAAGAAAGUUGCCAACUUUGGGUAGAAGAAGAUGAAGAAGAAAAACAAUGUUGGGUCUUUAUUUUUACCCAUUUUAUCACUUGGGUUGUGUUCAAUUUUCUUUAAUAUUGCAGUUUUUUCUGAAGCAAGUUCAGAUGAUGCUUCAGUAAUGUUAGCUUUGAGGAAGAACUUGAAUAACCCGCCCGAAUCACUUGGAUGGUCCGACCCAGAUCCCUGUAAAUGGACCCAUGUGGGUUGUAGCCAGGAAAAAAAGGUGACCCGGAUUCAAAUUGGGCACCAGAACUUGGAAGGUACUCUCCCUGCUAGUCUUUCUUCUUUAACUUCUCUUGAAAGGUUAGAAGUUCAAUGGAAAAUUUCAGGCCCUUUUCCUAGUUUAAGUGGAUUAAGUUCAUUGCAAGUUUUAAUGAUUAGUAAUAAUAAUUUUAGUUCAAUUCCUAGGGAUUUGUUUACUGGGUUGUCUGUACUUCAGUCUGUUGAUCUUGAUAAUAACCCUUUUGAGGGUUGGGAAAUUCCUGAAUCCUUGAAAGAUGCUUCAACACUUCAGAAUUUUUCUGCUAAUUCUGCUAAUGUUACUGGUGUAAUUCCUGAUUUUUUCGGGCCGGAUUCGUUUCCGGGUUUGGUGAAUUUGCAUUUGAGCUUUAAUAGUUUGGAAGGAGGGUUGCCUAGGAGCUUUGAUGGGUUUCAAAUUCAGUCAUUGUGGGUUAAUGGGCAGAAAAGUGUUGGUAGGCUUAAUGGGAGGAUUGAUGUGAUUCAGAACAUGACUGCUUUGAAGGAAGUUUGGUUGCAUCAGAAUGCAUUUUCUGGUCCAUUGCCUGAUUUUUCAGAAUUGAAGGAUCUUCAGGUGUUGAGCCUUAGGGAUAAUAAGUUUACUGGAGUUGUUCCGCCGUCUUUGAUGAGUUUAGAGUCUCUAGCUGUUGUGAACUUGACCAAUAACAUGCUUCAAGGGCCAAUGACAGUGUUUAAGGACUCGGUUGCUGUGGAUUCGACUGAGGAUACGAACAGUUUUUGCUUGCCAAAGCCUGGUGAUUGCAGUCCUCUAGUGAAUACUUUGCUUUCUGUUGUGAAAUCAAUGGAUUAUCCUGAAAGACUUGCGCAGUACUGGAAGGGGAAUAACCCUUGUGGUAAUUGGUUUGGUAUCACUUGUAGCAAUGGUAACAUUACUACUGUUAAUUUGGAGAAAAUGGGUCUUAAUGGAACUAUUUCUCCUGAAUUCGCUUCACUUAAAUCGCUAAAAAGGCUUAUUCUUGCAAAUAAUAAUCUCACUGGUACCAUCCCACAAGAGCUUACUACACUGCCAGCUCUUACUGAAUUAGAUGUGUCAAACAAUCAGAUUUAUGGCAAAGUUCCAUCCUUAAAAAAGAAUCUGAUUUUGCAUACUCAGGGUAAUCCCGACAUUGGGAAGGAUGAGAGCGAGGUUACACGUGGUCAAGGAACAUCUCCCUCAGGCACAGCUGAAGGACAGGAUGGUGGUUCUGGGAAAAAAUCUAAACUUUCUACAGGUGUGAUUAUAGCUCUAUCUGUUGUUGGAGCGGUUCUCUUUUUGCUUCUAUGUGGUGUCUUGGGAUUUUGUCUCUUCAAAAAGAAGCAAAACAAGUUUAGUAGGGUGCAAAGUCCGAAUGCAAUGGUGGUACAUCCUCGUCACUCUGCCUCUGACAAUGACAAUGUCAAGAUUACAGUUGCUGGAUCAAGUGUGAGUGUAGGAACAGUUAGUGAAAGCCACACUAUUCCAUCCAGUGAUACAGGUAGCAUCCAAAUGGGUGAUAAUGGAAACAUGGUUAUUUCCAUCCAGGUUCUUAAAAAUGUGACCAAUAAUUUCAGUGAGGAUAAUAUUUUGGGACAAGGAGGAUUUGGGACAGUAUAUAAAGGGGAACUGCAUGAUGGGACAAAGAUUGCCGUGAAGAGAAUGGAUUCUGGGGUGAUUGCAGGAAAAGGACUGAGUGAGUUCAAGUCUGAAAUUGCAGUUUUGUCUAAAGUCCGCCAUAGGCAUUUGGUCUCACUUAUUGGGUACUGUCUAGAUGGCAACGAGAAACUUCUGGUAUAUGAGUACAUGCCUCAAGGAACAUUGAGUAGGUAUGUAUUUAACUGGGCCGAGGAAGGGUUAAAGCCUCUUGAGUGGACUAGAAGGUUGAGCAUUGCCUUGGAUGUGGCUAGAGGUGUUGAGUAUCUCCAUACUUUAGCCCAUCAAAGCUUUAUACAUCGUGAUCUAAAACCUUCUAAUAUUCUUCUUGGGGAUGAUAUGAGAGCAAAAGUUGCUGAUUUCGGUCUUGUACGUUUGGCUCCAGAAGGGAAGGCGUCAGUUGAAACUAGGAUUGCUGGAACAUUUGGAUACUUGGCACCAGAGUAUGCAGUAACUGGACGAGUUACCACUAAAGUCGAUGUCUUUAGCUUUGGGGUAGUCUUAAUGGAGUUGCUGACUGGAAGGAAAGCCUUAGACGAGACGCAGCCUGAAGAAAGCAUGCACCUUGUGACAUGGUUCAAGCGUAUGCACAUUAACAAGGAUACAUUCCGCAAAGCCAUUGACCCCACCAUCGAACUUGAUGAGGGGACCCUUGCCAGUAUCAGUACUGUCGCUGAGCUUGCAGGCCACUGUUGUGCGAGGGAGCCAUAUCAAAGGCCAGACAUGGGUCAUAUAGUCAAUGUCUUGUCUUCUUUAGUGGAGCUUUGGAAACCAACAGAGGCCAAUUUUGAUGAUUGUUAUGGUAUAGAUCUUGACAUGUCUUUACCACAGGCCUUAAAGAGAUGGAAGGCAUCUGAAGGUACGAGUCAGGCAGAAUCUUCAUCAUCAUCCUUCAUUGAGAAUACACAAACUAGUAUGGUUGCCCGACCUUUUGGGUUUGCCGAUUCCUUCACUUCAGCAGACGGAAGAUGAGGAAAGAAAAAAAUGAAUGAGACACAUGAACAGGUUGAAGAUUAACAAAUUCUGGUUCUGUUUCAUUACACUGAAAAUGGGGUGGAUGGUUUGGGAAAACAUUGCAAGAUGUGUAUUGUUUGAUGUUUGUUUUAUUCUUUUUUUUUUCCUCAGAUGUAUAUUUAAUAGCCCUUUUGAUUUUUCUUUUUGCUCUUUUGGUUUUCAUCUUGUGAUGAACCUUUCAUGUAACUUUUGGGGUAGAGGGAGGGGGCAAUUAUACACCCUCUCUCAUUCUCCCCCACACGAGCACGUAAGGAGAAGAAUGUAAGUUGGUGUAAAUUUUCAUGUGAGUGUAAAAUCGAAAUUGUGGAGAGGGAAGAAGUUCUUCAUCGUCACAAAUUUUCCCUAAAUUUCAAUGUUUUAUAAUUAAUCAAAUCGCUUUUGAAAGUGUAA